AUGAAUCGUUGUCAAAAAUUUGCAAGAUUGCUUCAGCUUUUGGGACAAUGUUCUGAAAGUAUUGUUUAUUAUGAUGAAAUUGCUUCUGUCGUGCAACGAAUUCGACAGAUUGAAUCAAUUAUGGCACCAAUUCAGUUUCAUUCGAAUCAAGUUUUCGAUGAAACCAAACAUAUUGUGGAUCCAAUUGCUAAAAAAUAUCUUGAGAAAGCGACUAAUGAUGUACAUCAUCUUAUUCCGGGCAAAGUUGCUGAUGACGGAAACUGUUUAUACCAUUCAAUUCUUCUAUUAAUGAAUAAUCCAACGAUGACGACGGAUGAAUUGCGCGUUCGAACAAUUAUCGAACUUAUGACAAAUGAAGCUUAUUAUGAUAGCAUGUAUUCACAAUUCAUCGGAUCUGUUGCAUUUAUUAUCAAGGCUAUGUGCAGAAAUAAUACAUUUUCAGAAUUGUAUGAAAUUAGUGCAUUAUGCAAUGUACUUAAAUGUAAUAUACGAAGUAUCUAUCCAAAAAUCGAUUUUCGAGAAGAUAUGACCAUUUUGAAUAACGUAUUUACGCCUGCUCCACCUGCCAUUGCCAACCGUAACAUCGAAAUUUUGUGGUCUCAUGUCUUGAACGAAACAGCUGCACGAGCUGCAAAUAAUGGCGAAUGGAGUCCCAAUCAUUUUGUUCCUCUUCUAUCAUCAGCAAUGAAUUACACAUCUGAAUAUGAAAAUAAAUCACCAACGUUUCCUACUCCUGAAAAGAAAACGUUUAAUAAUAAUACUCCUACUCGAAUACGAAGUCCUGAAUUUGAAUGUUCUCCUAGCAGCCGUCGACGUAUCGAUAACAUGGGAAUGUACUCCACUCAAUCAAUCAGUUCAAGUGUACUACAACAAAGUCAAAGUGACAUAGAAGAGCAACGUCGAGUGCGGCUUGAUGCACAAAAAGAACGAGCUCGAUCUAGCCGAAUGAACGAAACAGCUGAACAUCGUCAAAUUCGGCUUGAAAAGCAAAAACAUCGAGAUCAAUCUCGUCGAUCAAACGAAACAGAAGAACACCGUCAACUUCGCCUUGAAAAGCAAAAAACACGAAAUCAAUCGAAUGAAACAAUAGAACAACGUCAAAUUCGACUUGGAAAACAAAAAACACGAAACCAAUCGAACCGAUCAAAUGAAACAGAACAACAACGUCAAAUUCGACUUGAGAAGCAAAG